UCCUAACGGCGACGGCGGCUAGGUUUGAUGGCUUCCUCGGAAGCAGAGAUGGACACCGAGAUGGAGGGGGGACCCCAGGAAAAAGCCCAGGGUAACGGCGGCAGAGGCAGAACCUGCGGCGGCGGAGGACCCUGCAGUGGCGGCGGCGGAGGACGCGGCGUGGUUGGAAAGAAUGGCGGAGACGAGACGAGCACAUGAGGUGAAGUCGGCUGAAUUCCGGAAGAACCUGCUCGCGAAUCCUUUGACGGCCGAGCAGUUACGAGAACGCGAGGCAUCCGCGUGGGAAAAGUACCGGAACGAGUCGUGGGAGAGGGCUCGCGAUAACUGGAUUUGGCCUCCCUUCGAUGCCGUCACGGAGAUCCCUUGCAUGCGCUUUACGAACGAAAAUAUCAAGGACCCUAUUUAUCCACGCCUUGUCCGCACCAUGGAAACUCUGCAGAUUGUUUCAGUCCAAGUGAAAGAAAUAACCGGUGGGUUACAGUGGCCAUUGGAUGUCUAUGGGUUUGUCGCAGUGCGUGAUGUGAUGGAUCGCAAACGCAAUAUGGUUUUCAACCGUGAAAGGGAGGACUGCCAAAGUAUCAAUGAACAGGUUGGUGAAAACUGAACAGAUUGGAAUGGAAUAGCAGCAAGGGAAUCAUUCCUUUUCUUGUGCAUCACCGUAUAACUACCAUGCCAUUCACAAACCUGACCGCAAGUCAAAUUUUCUACUAUGUAGAAAGCAUGUUUUUUUGAAAGAAAUAUAUCUCUAAGCUA